AUGUCUGGUGAUGUACAGCCAAGAAAACGUAAAGAUAAAAGAAGGAAAAAAGAUGAACUCGGGGUGGAAGAGCCUCGUGGAACAGCGGCAGUAUUUGGAGAAGGCGACGUGUUAAUGCAUUCAUAUCAUGAACAUGGCACUGGUGGACAUUGGUGUGCUAAAAUCAUCUUCUUUUCUCUAUUGGCUGUUCUUGUUACUUUAAUUGGUUUAAUCAUUCUAGAAAAUAGAGGACUAUCUGAGUUGGAAGCGAAUGCAAUAGAAUCUCGUUACUCUGGAGUCCUAGAAGGUUGGAUUGAAGACGCACAUGAUGAUGACCAUCAUGAUGAACAUACAUUAGAAUUAAAACACCAUAGGUUUGAAGAUAUUCAUGAUGACAAUGACAUUGAGUUAGAUCAUGAGGAAGAUGGUAAAGAUGAGGAAAACCACAGUGAUGAGAAUGAUGUUGAUGAUGAGGAAGAUGUUGAUGAUGAAGAGGAUCUUCAUAGUGAAACUAAAACUGAAGAGGAUGAAAGUGAAGAGGAUGAUGAACAAGAAAUAGAUGAUGAAGAAAUUCUUAACAACAAUAGUGAAGAGCUUGAAGAAGAUGAUCGUGAUGACGACGCUGAAAGCGAUGAUGGCGAUGAAAAUGAAAAUAAUGAGGGUGAAAGGAAUAUUAAAUACGAAGGUUUAAAUAAAUAUAAUGAUCAAGAUGAUGAUGAAGAUGAGGAUGAUGAUAAAGAAUUAGAAAAUGAUUACCAAGGUGAGCAGAGGGACGAUGAUGACUCAGAAGAGUACAUUGGGGAUUACAGUCAAGAUGAUGCCAGCGAUGAUGAAAAUGAGAAUUAUAUCCAUGAUGAUGAAAACACAAGCAUUGAACAAGAAUUAGAGGACAUUAGAAAUUAUGAUACUUCUAACUUUAAUGAAAUGGAAAAUGUUAAAGAGGAUGCUGAACAAGAUGAUGCAGAGGAUGUUGACGAAAUUGAAGAAGAAAUAGAGAAAAUAGAAAAGGAGGUUGUAGAUGAAGAAGAGGAAGCCAUUUCAUAUGAAGAUAAUGAUGACUUUGAGAAAGAUAAAGGCGAUGACGACAACGAGGAAGAUGAUGAUGCGGGAGAGAGUGAGGACAUUUCUCUACCACCAGUAGUGGAGCACAUUACUGCUACUUCUGGGAAGCCAUUUGUUGAGUUGGAUGACGAUUCGUCGUUGGAAAAGCCAACAGACACACUUGCUGAAGAGGAUGAGUAUGAACGUCGGCAGGAGCAGUUGCGUCUACAAAAAGAAGAAGGAUCAUCACAGAUGUGGCUGAAGUUGGUGGUGGGUGGUGCGCUGCUGGUGGCAACACACGCCGUCAUACGACGAUCGACAGCGGCACGCGAUAUACCUGAAGGUGAAGAUAACGCAACGCAAGAAGAAACUCCAUCUUUAAUUGACAGACGUAUGACCCUCAUUCCUAAAGAAACGCCCCCGAUUCAAGUUCACGAAACUUACGAGCCUGUACAAGAAGAACCUAUCCAAAAAAUACUUUCGGAGACAAAAACCCUUAAUUCGUCUCCAAUUAGCAAGCAAGAAAGCGAGGAUGAAGAAGAAAGCGAAGAUUUAUUAGAAACUGAACUCAUCCCGGAUAAAGCGUCGAAUGAUAGAGACAAGGAAUUGUAUAGUGAUGAAGAUGAGGAAGAUGAACAAGAUGUAGUGGAAGAAGAAAAGGAAUCUACAAAGGAAGGCGGCAACGUUGAAGUUGAGAAAGAUGCUGAGGAAUCUGAACCUGAAGAGGUACCAGACGACGUCGAGAUUAUUGAUGACGAACAAAUCGAAGAAGAAAUAGAAGAGGACGAAGACGAAGAAGAGAUCUCAGAUGUUGACGACGCAGAAUUAUUGAGUCGCCUCGACGCUAAAUACGGACGGCUGCCAGACCCGCAUAGGCCUGGACAAAAGCACAAGGACGGCGGCAACACCAUCGAAGAUGAGUGGCCGGGCGAACCUAGCGAUCAGUAUUGGCGUCAACAACUCGACCAAGCUGAGGAUGAAAUCCGCCAGGGCGAUUGGGCGGCGGCCGACGGGCGCCUGGCGGCCGCGGAGCUGGCCAAUAGCGGACGCGCACGCUGGCUCGCCGCGCGCUCAUUGGACGCCCAGGCGGAGGCUAGGCGCGACAACGCGCUACUUACGCGCGCCAUCGCCGCAUACCUUCAGCUGCUCAAGAUGAACGAACUACUCCCCGAUGCCAAGUUGCGGCAGGUCGCCGCCAGGGCGCUCGACCGUAUAAAGUUUAGAGGAAACUAUCUCAGCGGUGAACCCGUCUACCGGCUGUUGAUUCGCCGCUUCCCUGACGAAGUUUCUUAUAGAAACAACUUGACCGUUUCCUUCCUAAUGGCAAACAGGGCCGACUUAGCUGGCGACGUGUUGAAAGAAACUCUCAAACAGUGGCCGGACGAUCGUAUUGCGCUAGCCCACUAUGCGUUCGUUUUAAAAACUAAUUACAACAAACUCGAGGAAUCCGUCUCGCUCUUUCGCAAAGCGUUAGAGAAGGACGAGGGACCCGCGUGCGAGCCGCGUUUCUACUACCAUUUGGGGGACGCCUUGCUACUGCUGAAUCGGUUCGAGGAGGCGCACGAGGUACACAAGCGCGGGGCAAAGCACGGCCACUUCCUGUCACCUUCGCAGCGCUCCCUAUACAACGUGGAGCGCUUAAAGAGCCGCCCCUGGUGGCGGGUGGAGGAAACUCCGUACAAGAAAUUGGCGCGAGCGCUGGAGCAAUCAUGGGAGGCCAUACUGAAAGAGGGAGAAGCGGCGCGGGCUCUGUACGAGAAGGAAAAAGAAGGCCUGAAGGAGAGGGGGGAGUGGUCCCAGUUGGACAUUUUCGUCAGGGGCCAGGAAAUCCCGGGGCGCUGUAAACGUGCACCGGUCACCUGCGCCAUAGUCAAAGCUGAGGCGGCAGCGGCCAAGUGCAGGAGGGGGCAGAUAAAGUUCAGCUCCAUGGAGCCAGGCACCCACGUCCGGCCGCACGUCGGCCCAACGAACUGCAGGCUCCGAAUGCAUUUAGGUUUAAGCAAUACCAAAGACACCUAUAUACGAGUGGAUCAGGAAACUAGGCAGUGGGAGACUGGGAAGGUGCUGCUGUUCGACGAUAGUUUCGAGCACGAGGUGUGGCAUAACGGGACCGGAACUCGGCUAGUGCUGAUCGUAGACGUCUGGCAUCCCGACCUCACCGCCGCGGAGCGACGCCAGCUACCCGCCAUC